CGUCAUCAGAAAGCGACAUUUGUUUUUGUUUUUCACGCGUUGUAAGUCUUCGCAGAGCUUCCAGAUGGCUCAUUAAGGUUUUGAUUUUGGGCCAUCACCGGUCUUUAAAAUGACCCAGUGUUUGUUUGCCGUAAUACCAGGAGGCUGCUAAAACAUCGGGUGUUUAAUAAAACAGACGGAUAUUGGAAUAUGAAUGUUUCAACCAACUAACCGUCAAAAGUUCAUACAAGACAAAGAAUCGGAAGGAGGAGUGGGCUUUACGUCUGUUGUUCAACGACUCGGGCUGUUUAGGACAUCACAGUAAGCUCUUAAUGGACAUUGCCACGGUUUUCCUAUUGUUUCAUUUUAGACUUUAUUUAAAGUCUUUAAAUCGUAGCAUUAAAGGAGAGCGCUGUAAAACUGCACCGUCAGCUUUGUGGAAAUGCAAACAGCAGCUACAGUGACAGAUGACUUCUGACUUUUGAACAUGUGGUUGAUAAUCAAGGUUUCAUCAAAUCAUUAAGUUUUUUUUUGUUGUUGUAUUUUGAAAACAUACUUUAUAUGUGUUGCAAAACCAUUAAAAACUAUAGUGUCUGAUGUUAUGCGCAUCAACACUGUUAUGAAUGAAAUGAAUGCAUGCACACUGAUCUGUCUCGUGUAAACUCAAUGCUUUAUUCACUCAUAGCCUGCUUUGCUAUGUGUUGGUUUCUAUGACACAGUCGGUUUACUCUCAGUUCGAUUUAGUGGAGUCAUUCAUCACCGAGCUUCCAUAUAUGUUUUAUCUCGGCCUGUUUUUUGUGAAUGUUUUAAUUCUCUACUAUGCAUUUUUAAUGGAAUACAUAGUCCUUAAUGUAGGGAUAGUAUUCCUGCCGGAGGAUAUGGACCAGGCGCUGGUGGAUUUAGGGGUCCUGUCUGAUCCAGCCUCGAUUCCCUACGACACGGACACUGAACUGGAUGUGUUUGAGGGAUAUUUGGAAUAAACAACCUGUGCAGAACAUGACUGGCACUCCAAACCAAAGCUUUUGUGGGGUAGUAGGAGAAUAUCGGGAUCAUAUUUCAUUUGGUUGCUCAGGAACCGCUGACAAAGAGAAACUCUGCGAAGUUAUGAAGAAUCAGUGGUUAACUUAUAAAAGAUUCACUAUUAUGAAUAAGCUGUCCAGGUUCAAAGGACUGACCUACAACCAAGCUGCUUGGAAUAUUUAUUUGGAACAGAUAAGCUGAAUGAGCUGGGUGGGGUUUCUAUGAAGCAGCCAAGUCUGCGUCUCUUGAGAUCAAGUUCAGGUUCCACCCACUUCUGUGAAUAUAAAUAGUACAUUAGCCUAUUUAUUUUUAGUUUGGGAAUCAGUACUCAAACUGGAUUCUGUGUACACCCUGCAAGGAGUUUGUCAUGUAACUAUGCUUAGGAGCACUCAUAUUCAGUUAUGUUUGUUUUAAUACAACUUAAAUAAGCAAUACAAACAGGGUGAAAUAGGACUGCUCUUAUGAACCUCAUCUUUGUAAGAACCUGAAAAUGGAAUUUGAUUGAAGUUAUGCACAGGAUAUAUAUAUUUAAUAAAUGAAUCAUUUGA